AAGAUCAAGUUAAAAAUGGAUAAUCCACAACCAGGACCAUCGACAUAUCAAAUUCUAAGCAGUGAAGAUGAAGGUGAAGAUUUUAUAUUGGCACUUAAACGAACUAAAAGACAGAGAAUGAAUAUAUAUGAUAGCGAUGAUAGUGAAAUAAAUUGGCAGGAAAACAUGAGUACAAAUCCUAUAGAGACAGAUAAUGAAGAUAGUGAAACAAUAUCUGAAGAAAUGGAUAAUGAAAGUGAGAGUAACAGUGAAUCAGAGAGUAAAGAAUUAAAUAAAUGUAUAGAAGUGAUAGAAAAUGAUGGAAAAUGGAUGUGCAAUGGCAAAUUCAAGAAAUUUCAAUUUCAAGAAGAUGCUGGUUUGAAGUAUUCAGCCGGUGGACCAGAUCCUUAUAAUUUCUUUGAACUGCUAUUUGAUAAGACGUUUUUCUCAAAUAUUGUUAUUGAAACAAAUAAAUAUGGAGAGAGCAGGAAAGGUGAUCAAUGGAAAGAAUUAACAGUAGCAGAGUUUAAAAUAUUUCUUGGUCUGCUAUUACAUAUGGGCACAAUUAAAUGUCCUCAAUUACAAAAUUAUUGGAGUACACAGAGGCUGUUUAAUUUCACUUGUUUCUUGCAACAUAUGAGUAGGAACAGGUUUCAAGAAAUUUUAAGUUCUUUGCAUUUCUCUUCAAACAACGAAGAUAAUAAUAGUUUGAACAAGAUACAGCCAAUUAUUGAUUACUUCAAUAAUAAAAUGAAACAAGUAUAUUAUCCAUUAAAAGAACUUUCGAUACAUGAGACACAAGUUCCUUGGAGAGGCAAACUAGAUUACAUGCCUGGUAAAAGAUAUAAAUACAGUGUCAAAUUAUAUGUUUUAACAGAAAGUUCGAGAAUAACUCUUCGAAUCAACGCGUAUAAAGGAAGCGGUAUCGAUGGCGGUGGCAAGAAACACGCAACAAAAGUAGUUCUACAUUUACUAGAAGAUUUUCUACAAAAAGGACAUUCUGUCUAUAUGGAUAGUUUCUAUACCAGUUUCGAAUUAUCUAAACAACUACUUGAUGCCAAAACUUAUUGCACAGGCACUUUACAAAACUUCAGAAAUGGAAAUAAUAUACAUGUUGUUAAGGCAAAGCUUGCAAAAGGUGAAAUGAUAUUUCGUCACAAAAACAAUAUUAUGAUGGGUAAAUUUCAAGAUAAAAAAGACGUUUUGUUUAUCUCGAGCGAAUUUAAUGCAGAUUUUAUAGAAUUGGAAAAUAAAAAAAAAGAAAAAUAUAAAAAGCCCUUAGCAUUAUAUAAGUAUAAUGCAUUUAUGGAUGAUAUCUACAAGAAGGAUCAAAUGUUGUUUUAUUGUAGUUGUGUUAGAAGAACAUUUAAAUGGUACAUUAAAUUAUGGAUAAAUAUUGUAGAAACUUUAUUGUUAAAUUCUUUUUUUCUGUAUUCGAAAUACUCACCUUCAACAAAGAAGAUAAUCUUCUUCAAUUUUCGUCUAUGCAUUAUUAAUGCAUUCUUAUUCGAAAAUAAUCAAGAAAAUAUACCUCCUACUUUGUUGCAACAUGAGCAUUUACCCGAAAUGUUAUCAAGAGACGAACAAAACAGAAUAAAAAGGAAAAGAUGUAGACAAUGUUUUGCUAAAGGAUUACGAAAAAACACUAAUUACUUUUGCAGUGGGUGUAAGGAUAAUCCAGGUUUAUGUUUAGGGGGCUGUUUUAAGGAGUACCAUAAACGUCUUUUAUGAUAUGUAUUACCAUGGAUCCUGACUGUUAUAAUAAAAAAAAAAGAAAAAUCAUAGGAUAAGAUUU